UUUGUGAAAAGUAGCACAGACUAGCUCUUUCAGCUGUUCUCUUUGACAGCUCCAGGGUUUCGUGUCUAUGAAGUCAUGCAUUUGCUAAACCUCUUUAUUGUAGAUUUGUGUGACUGUCAGUUCCAGCUGCUGUAUGAAUCCUUGUAAGAGAAGUGUUAGCCCAAAGCCAUGUUUCUAAUCCAUUAGGGGAGGAGGAGAGGCAAGAUCCCACAUGCCUUAUUCUGUCAGCACCCGGCUCAGAGCUGCCUUUAUAGAAAUGCACUGAAAAAGUCAUGUGGAUGUGUCUGGUAUUAAUAUGGAUCAAUUCAUAACAAACUGUUUUUUGGUGGGAGUCAGUGUAAUAUCGCAAACUGUCACACGGAAGGUGUGUGUGUACUUUGAGAUUUUUAGCAAUCUUCUAAAUGUGCUUCCAAGGUUUGCUCAAGUCUUUGCACUUCCCGAUUGUCUCGCUCCGUGACGCUCGCUCGCUCACUCACAGAUUGGCCUACAUAAACAGUGACUUGUUGUGUCAAUAACUGCAGAUGGUUGUCUUUAGAGCCCGUUCAUGAUGAGCAAAUGUGCCAGACAUGAAUGCAUAAAGCAGUACCUUCAUUUUUGAGGCCAUCGCGGGUUUAAACUGCAUAUUGAAUGGUGUGUUCCAGGUGUACAGCACAUAUUCCAACGCAGACUACGACAGGCGCAAUGAGGAUAUUGACCCGGUGUCAGCCUCGGCUGAGUUUGAGCUGGAGAAAAGAGUGGACAAGAUGGAUGUGUUUCCAGUGGAGAUAGAAAAGGGAGACGAUGGACUGGGCAUAAGCAUCAUAGGAAUGGGUGUCGGUGCUGACCAGGGACUGGAAAAACUGGGAAUCUUCGUCAAGACAGUCACUGAAGGAGGAGCAACACAGAAGGAUGGAAGGAUUCAGGUGAAUGACCAGAUAGUGGAGGUGGAUGGAGUGAGUUUGGUUGGAGUGUCCCAGCUGUUUGCUGCCACAGUCCUCAAAAAUACAUCAGGCCUCGUCAAGUUUCUGAUCGGUCGAGAGAAGGAGGGAGUGGAAAGUGAGGUGGCUCGACUCAUCAAUGAAAGCCUGGAAAUGGAUAAAACAAAAACCAAAAAGAGAGAAAUAGGAGGCAGCAGGGAAGAGGACAAUGAUAGUUGCAUGUCAGAAAAGUGCUCAUUGAUUGAGGAGGAAGAAGAAGAGGAGGCGGAUGAAGAGGAGGAUGUGUCUGUUCUUUCCAGUCUGGACAAUUACCAGCUCUGCCUCAAAUACCAGCAGCUUCAGUCAAAACUACAAAGCAGAACAACCCAACUUCACCAAGCCAGAGGAAAGUUAAAGGAAUGGGAGGAGCAGCGGGCCUGUUGGGAGAGCCAGAGGGUUGAACUGGAGCAAAAAGUGGAGGAUGGAGAGGAGAAAGCUGACAAACUAGAGAAGUAUUGGCAGGAGGCCCAGACACUGUGCAGAGUUGUGAGCCAGCGACUGGCUGAUGCCCAGAGCCAGUCAGAAAGUCUGGAAAUCAAAUACAGCAAGGCCAAGAGACUGGUCAGAGAAUACCAGAGCAGAGAGGAGGAGAGAGAGAAAAGAGAAGCGGAUUUAAGACAAGAAAUAGAGGAGAGAGAUAAGCAGCACAGAAACACCGUUGAAAGGCUGCAAAUCCAGAUGGCACAGCAAGAGAGAAAAGAGGCUGUAACCGAGAGAAAGAAUCACUCUGUGGACUCUUCAGUCACAGACUGGAAUAUUCCAGUCCCUGAUACAGGACGUCUAGACUCCAGCGCUCACAUAGCCAGAGCUCAGCUCGCCCAGAAAUCCAAGCGCCACCCUCCUUCACGGGACAAACUCCGAGAGAGCUUCAGAAAACAGGAUGAAGCAGUCCAGAAACCACAGGAGAGCCUCUCGCUGUCUGCUCCCCCAGCGGUACAAGGCAGCAGAAGUGACCUGUCCAGUAUGACCUCAUUUCCAGCCUUCAGCCCUCAACCUCCCACCGGCUCCGUCUUCACCCCUCCCAUCUACAUCAAUGACACCGUCGCUCCCUCGCCGUGCAAAUCCUCAGCAUCCAGAAAAUCCAAAAGGAAAUUUCCUGAUUUCAGUGGCCUUCGCAAGUCUCUCAGCAAACGGAGAAGUGAAAAACGCAGCAGAAGAUCUUUGAACAACAGGGGUUCAUAUGGUGACCUGGUGGAUGAGCCCACCAGAAUUUCUCCAUCAGGUUCAGUCACCUCCAUGCCUUCCUGCCUGCCCUUCCCCUGGUUCGGAGAGCGAGGGAGAGAAAAGGAAGAGGAGAUCACCAGGGAGAGGCUUCGUUCCGUGUCCAGCAGCAGUUUGCCCUAUCUGACCACUACAGGCAGAAGAGAUCAUAGUAUUGGUUCUCCAGCGGACAGCUCCAGCAUGGUGGGUCAUGUCUCUGAUCACUCCCUCUCUGGACACUCUCACACUUUUACCUUUUCCUCCACUGAGACUUUGGACGAUGACCCAGUUCCCACCAAUAACAACAAUCAGUGGCAAAGUCGGCCUGUCUUGGAGUGGAACAACCAGCAGGUGAUUCUGUGGUUAGUCGCCAUGAACAUGGAUCAGUACACGUCUGAGUUUGCUGCCAGAGGUGUGGAUGGGACACAGCUGCUCAGCAUGGACAGUGAGAAGCUCAAGGCGCUGGGCGUGUGCAGUCAAAGCGACCGGUCUGUUCAAAAGAAGCUGAAGGAGAUGAGAAAAAGAGAGGAGAAGGAGCACAGGAAAGAAGAGAAGAGGCUCAAAGAGAAUUCAGUUUUAGACAAGGUAGGGGAAGAGAAGGCGAGGAUGAUGAGGGAGGAGAAGUGUGUAAAGGAGACCCAACGCAGCAGCAAAACUGUAAGAACUGAGUCGCUUUUAUAAGAGGAAGGACAGAGGUGCAGUCAGAGAUACACCACCAGCAUGAGGGUGUGUUUGCAGUCUCGCAUAUACGGGAAUACACUUGAACCUAUUUCUACUGAGCUAAUAGAAACGACUAGAACCUUGAACGCAUCCUCUGUUGUUUUGUAGAUAUCAUUUAAGAACUCUUAAUUGAUCCUCAAACCAGAGCAGUGGUUGAUUCCAGCACCAAAGUUCAAACUGUCAGCAGUUUUAUCUCUCUUGUAUAUUUCAAUUAAGUGUGUGAGAAUUAAUUGUCUUACAGUGAUGAUUUUUAAAAAAAUCACAAACCAUAAAUCAUCCUUAGAAUGAUUUUAAUAUUUAACAGUGUGCUGAUUUAAGCACUCUGGCAUUUGCUGUAAAUGCUUUUUUUAUGUAUUAAUAAAUAAUGCUUUUAACUUC